UCACAACCCCGCACACUAAACCCUACCAACAGAAUCUCGGAGUCCAACCCCCUCCCUUCAAACCAGAAAAAUGGCCACUCAUUCGCUCUUACGCUCCUUGGCGGCGUCGUUUCACGGCCGAUUCCCCACUCUCCCAUCGCGCUUAACCGCACGAGCACCGUACGGAACCCAGAAUGGGGUGAUAUCAGUGAGAACCACUGCAGAAUUUGUCUUGGUGGACAAAUCAGAAGCAGACAAAAGCAUUCGGCUCAAAACCACAUACCUUGAAACAAUCGUCCCUUUGCUGUUACAAGAGUUCAGUUACACCAACAUUGACCAGGUUCCAAGAAUUCAGAAGGUUGUGGUGAGUUGUGGGAUUGGAGAUGCCGCGCAGAGUUCUAAGGAGGUGGAGGCAGCGAUAAAUGAUUUGGCUCUUAUCACAGGCCAAAGACCCGUAAAGACGGGGGCCGAGAAUGCGGUUAAUGCCUUCAAGAGUAGGGAAGCCCGACCACUUGGUAUUUAUGUUACACUCAGAGGAAAUAUGAUGUACUCGUUCUUAGAUCGACUUGUUAACUUGGGGCUGCCUAGAACAAGGGAUUUCCAAGGUGGGACCCCAAACAGCUUUAAUCGACAAGGCAACUACAGCAUUGGAAUUAGCGACCAGAGUGUGUUCCCAGAGAUUGAUUUUGAUGCAGUUGGUAAACACAGGGGAAUGGAUGUUUGCAUUACAACCACAGCCAACACCGAUCAAGAAGCGCAGAGACUCUUGUCUCUCAUGGGUAUGCCAUUUAUAGAAGGUGGUGGUGCCGUUCAGCCUCGCAAGAAGAAAUCGAAGGCGCACCACUCUGAUUCAAAAUCGAAGGAAAGGAGUAGGCGAUGAUUAUAAGAGUUAUUAUCCCCAUCCAAGUCUCAACCAUUUCCAUGCAGUAUUUGUUGGAUCCCAAAUUUGAUGCAACAGACGAAAGAUUUAUCUAAUCUGUUUCCCUCAAAAUCUAUUUUGGAGAACGAGUUCAUAAAAAAUCAAAGGAAGAUCAAUGUAAUAUUUUGCAACGCAACGUGUCGUUCUUCAAAUGUCCAUUAUUCAGACUGCA